AUGGAGCUGAAGGACAACAUUUUGCAACUUCUCACCACAAUGGAUGCAUGUCAAUGCCAGCUUGACAUUUCGCUGAACUAUGAACUUACGGCUGGCUAUCUUAACUUGGUUGUGAAUCUGAUAUGCUUGAUGAUUCUUCUCUCAAGAGUAGAUGAUCGCAAAGUUGUUCUAGGUAUCUCCAAGUCUUUUGUGUACACUUUCAAGCUACAGUCCUUCUUCUUAGGACUUUUCAAUGCUGCCUACGACCUGGUACAUGGACAGAGCGAAUCUUCUUUCCCUCGGUUAGGCCAAAUGAUCUUGGACUAUGAACAUCCUUUGCGAAAGUUGAGCGAAGAUCUGGGACCUCUCAAUCGUGUAACCAAUCCACAGCAGAUUCUAUAUGCUGCUCAGACAGAUACGGUAUACUCUUUAUUUCGCAGAAUAACCUGUUAUCCUCUUCUCUUGCAGAUUGCUUGUGAGUAUUUGUCAUUGGAUGUAAUGGAUCGCUGGAUUGUUUGUAAGUUCUAUUUCUUGAAGUGGGUAAUAGCUAGGUUUGCUCUAUGUACUACUGUUUGUCAUUCUGCCAUGCUGAACGACAAAACAAUUUUUCAUUUAUGGCAAAUGUCCUUGCAAAUGGGAGUGUGCAUCCGUGCUUCUAUCCAUGCUGAUCGCAGACGGUUUUUGCGAGUGGCCCUUCGAGAACUUUGCUUAUUUAUCAAGGACCAGCCUGGACUUCUGGGCCCAAAAAUGCUCUUUGUGUGGAUGGCGUUAUCCUUCACUAGAGACGAGGUAAGUUGCAUUUGGCGUUUGAUCGUUCUCAUUCUUAUUUGUUUUCAAUUUUACUCGUUUUGGGUCCUGUGGCUUCUUCGCCAUCUGAGCGAAUGGCCAUCAUCUAGUAAGAAGGGAAGCAAGCAGUGCGAUGAACUGGUUGACCGUCAGUUGCCUGAGCUCCUUUAUCACAUGCUAGAACUACGCCAGCUAGUAGUCAAGUAUAGCGAUGUGAUCCAGCGGUACUAUCUCAAAGUAAGUUCAUACGCAUUAGAACAUGGUACAAAGAUCAUAUAUCUUUUUAAGUACGUCAAUGGAUAUGAUGCUAUCAUGACUCGUGAGCUAGUCUCCACUCUCGGUGAUUUGAGUGACGAUGAAGCCACCAUACUCUCUGAUUUUGCAUCUUCCAUUUCCUCAAUAAACUCCGAUACCGAUUUGAGAGCGCUGCGCUUGGAUUGGUUCAGGUUUCAGGCGAGGACAAGCAUGGCGAGGUCGCCAUUUUUACUUAUCAAAAAUCGGAAGCUGGCAGUGAUCAUGAAUACCAAUGUUUUCCACUUGAAAAUGAUUGACCUGCAAGAUGAGAUGCUCAAAGAGACUAGCGACUUGAGUGUUUACUGCUGUGAUUUCCAACCUUACUUCAGUUUUUACAUCAAGACCUUGGAAAGACAAUGGAAAAGUUGUCUGACACUUCCAUCACAGUCUCGCUUUGCGCUAUGCUUUGCGAGAAUCUGCGGACAUUUUAGCUCAGCUCUUCAUGAUAUGUGCCCUGAGGAGAAAAACCACAUACUCGAGAAGUCACUAGCGUUAUGCAACUCGAUCCUGGACGAUGUCUGUCAGUCGAUAACCGAUGUUGUGGGAGCGCUGUGCGAAUAUGAAUUGCGUCUUGCGGAGCAAACAUCUCCAAGCACUAUAGCUGCUCAAAUUGUCGCCCAAAUGCUUCGUACUAAGGGCGGUAAGAAUGCAGCUGCAGCACAAAAAGAUCCUGCUCCCGCUGGAGAGGAAAGCUACCGUGUCGACCGACAAACACUUACUUAUCCAGACAAACUGCAGACAACACUCAUCGAACUCUGCGCUGGCAUCAGCCAGUAUCGCCAGCUUUUCAUAUCUGAGCACUUCUUUGCUCCUCGUGAAUAUUUGAGCCAACACAUUGAGCACAAAUUUGUUGAUCUCAUACUUGCGAUGGCUGUGGAUCCUUCGUCUCCAUCAACGCCUCGACGGCCAUCUGACUUACUGAUGAUAAUUCAAGCUUAUAUGACCGUGUUACAAAACAUUGACGCUUGCGGUAACCCACUUUCCUUGUUUGGAUUCCCUCUUGAUAUUACACGGCUAUUCAAUAAUGUGCUGCUACAGCAGACUCAGCCUCUUGAUUCACGCAAUAAGGAGACCAUGACCUAUAUCUAUACCAAAUGGUAAGA